AAAUUGUAGUCAAGUCUUAUUGUUGACAAUCAAAACAUAUAAUACAAUGAAUGCAUUCAAUUAAAUGACAACACAUUUAUGUAUUAAUUAAUAACUAAUAAAUUUAUAUAAUGUUUAUAAACAUAUUUAAAAUGAUUUAAUUGAUUGACGAUAUGUCUCGACAUCGAAAUAUACGGUCAUUGAAUUAUGACCAAGAGUAUGACGAUGUCUACAGUGGAUCUUAUGGACAGUCUUAUGAAGACACAGGACUCUGUAUAUCACCGACAACUGAGCAACAGUUUAUGUAUAACCGAUCCCGAAGUAGAAGUAUCUCUGAUAGACGUAAUGACUCUCUCGGUGUCAGAAAUAUAACGGUUGAUGAAGAAGAUGAAGACAUGGACUUCAAUGAAGAUCUCAAUUAUUACCGAAAUGAGACAAUAAAUAUGGAUCCUAUAGAAAGAGCUAAACUGAUUUCAUGUGUCGAAGAAAUGGAGAAUGUUGUCGGGGAUACAAUACAUCAGAGUUUGCUUAUAAAGGCCGCCAAAAGAUAUGAUUAUGACAUGAAAUUGGCAUUGGAUUCAGUCCUCAACUCACACACCAAUCAUAUGGAGACAUCACUUCAACCACAACAAGUGACCACAAAUAAAGGUAAGCAACGAGUGAAUGAAGUAAACGAAAAUCAAAUGAGUAAUAAAUUAGUUAUCACUGAAAACCAUUGUACUGAUUGUCAAACCGAUAAUACAAAGAGUAGUUCCCCUUUAUUUGUAAGCCUUACCGCAAAAUGCAAAUUAAAGUGUGAAUCAAAUCGUAAUCGUAUUUGUGAUAUAAAACAAUCAAUGGUUGAGUACUUUAAUAGAAAUGAUAUUAAAGUAUUUAGUUUUGAAAAUGAGUCCAAAAAUAAGUCAAAUAAUGAACUCAAACCAGGAAAUAGAGCACAAUCUUCAGAAAAUACUGAUCAAUGUGAUAAAGAAGUGGAAAAAAUAAAUACAGGAAUUCAGAAAUUGUUAACAAAUAAAUCUGACGACUAUUUCAAAACAUUUUCGAGUCCUGUGCGCAAAGAUUUGGAUAAAUCGAGAUUAGAAACGAAUAAUUUAAGCCAAUUAUCGACACCUAAUAGUCCUGUCGCGAGUAGAACCGGUUCGAGAAUGUCUUCACCGAAUCACGAGAAGAAUUCGGAAGUAAAAACUCCGAAAUCAAAUCAAUCAAAAGCAUUAAAUCCAGAAACAGCUGUUUUAGAGUAUAACAAGAAUAGAAAGGAAGGAAAACCUAAUAUAAAUUUAGUAGUGAUAGGACACGUGGACGCCGGCAAAAGUACUCUUAUGGGACAUCUUUUAGUUCUUCUUGGAUUUGUGUCUAAAAAAAUGAUUCAUAGGUAUGAAACGGAUUCUAAAAAAAUGGGAAAAAAUUCGUUUCUUUACGCUUGGGUUUUGGAUGAAACCCAAGAAGAAAGAAGUCGAGGCAUUACUAUGGAUAUUGCAGAAUCACGAUUUGAAACGGACCACAAAUUGGUGACAUUAUUGGAUGCUCCGGGACACAAAGACUUUAUACCAAAUAUGAUAACUGGUGCCACACAGGCUGAUGUCGCUCUACUUGUUGUCGACGCCACGAAAGGAGAAUUUGAGACCGGCUUUGAGUUGGGCGGUCAGACUCGUGAACAUACUUUAUUGAUUAGGUCUUUAGGUAUUUCCCAAUUGGGAGUUGUGGUCAAUAAACUUGAAAAUGUCAAUUGGAGUCAAAACCGUUAUAAUGAAAUUAUAUCUAAAUUAAGUGCAUUUCUAAAACAAAUUGGAUUUAAGGAACAGGAUGUGACUUUUGUUCCGUGCAGUGGACUCACGGGUGAAAACUUAGUAAAAAAGUCUACUAUAGAAGAGUUAAACUUAUGGUAUUCAGGUCACACUCUCGUUGAUAUAAUUGAUAACUUUAAGCCACCCGACCGUCCCAUUUCAAAGCCUUUCCGAAUGAGUCUUAACGAUGUUUUUAAAGGACUUACUUCUGGAUUUUGCAUAAGUGGUCGUAUAGAAGCCGGUGCUGUCAUUGUCGGCCAAAAAAUUAUUAUUUUGCCCGCAGGAGAGCAAUGCGUCGUCAAAUCCAUCUCUGUUAGUGAUACUUCAGUUAACACAGCAUUUGUUGGCGAUUAUGCUAUUCUUACACUUCUAGGUUGUGAUCCAAACAAUAUUUCUGUGGGAAAUCUUGUUUGUGAUUUGUUAAAUCCCGCUCCGGUUACUACUAAAUUUGAGGCUAAAAUUGUUAUUUUUAAUAACAUAGAUAUACCAAUAACUAAAGGAUUUCCUGUUAUACUUCAUUGUCAGAGUCUUAAUGAACAGGCGGUUAUUAAGAGACUUAUAUCUCAAUUACAUAAGAGCACCGGUCAGGUUGUCAAAGCCAAACCUCGCUGUUUAGUUGGCAAUACAAGUGGUGUUGUCGUUAUUGAAAUUCAAAAACCUAUAUGUGUUGAACUAUAUAAAGAUUAUAAGGAUUUGGGACGCUUUAUGCUUAGAUCGGCCGGUGCUACCAUUGCUGCUGGACUUAUCACUAAAGUAUUGUGAUAAUUGUCUUCCAUUUGUAUAAAGUAUCAAAUAUAUUAAAUAAAAAUUUCUCAUUAAUU